AUGUAUAAUUAAAAACUAAAUAUGAAAUUUGAAGAAAAUAUAAACUUUUAUAUUUUCAACUUUGUGUACAUGCAAUGUAUAAUCUUAAAUUUUUUUUUAAUUUAACGUAUGUGCUUGAGAGUGAGAAUUUUAAAAUUCUGCGUCUGCGUAUUAAGAGUCUACACGCAAUGUGAGGAGACAAUCAACAGGUUCUUCUCGGAUAUCUAUUAGCCAUCACAAUACCGUUUUUACCACGUGCAUUCAUAGUUAUAAUUUAGUGUUAUUCGCGAUAUUCUUUUUCAUCUUGGACUUUUUGAAUCACAUUCAGAAAGGAAUUUCACUCAAUAUGGAUUCAAGGCCUAAUAAGAAAUAUAAAAGUGAUCGAACAGUACCUAGAAGCACGAGGUUCAGAGAAGGAAGAAGAUCACGUGAAGCUGAAUUGACGAAAUCCGAAACUGAUUCAGAUUCAAGUAGUACAUUGAAUCAAGAAAUGAUGGUGGACAUAUCAAACUUUGGCAUAUCCUUGGAUUUAAAUACUCAGGGUAAUAUUGCAAAUAUGGAAAUUGAACAAACCGAAUCUAGUGACGAAACGGAUUCAAGUUCAGAAUUGGAUCAACAUACACUAGAGAGCAGGGAAUUCGCUAAUUUACAACCUUGUACUGAUGAAUAUUCUGUGAGGUUUACGGAGAAUAACGUUGAGCAAACUGAGGCAACAAUGGAGACAACAUAUAGUUAUAUAAAAUGGGACUACCUCAGAUUAGCAUUUAUAAGGAAAGUUGUAGAUGAUAAUAUCUCUGAGGACGGAGAAAUGGAUGUUUCGUGACUAUCUCGUUUAUUAUUUUAAUUUGGUCCUUUCUAUAAUGGAAUUAGUGUUCCGUUUUAAAAAUCGAAAAUACACGAAGUAUUUCAGUAUAGAUCAAAAGCCUGUAUGCAGCGUCUGAAAUAUGAAAU